AUGUUUGUUGUUUGCCAGAAAUGCAUCCAGGCAUUUAGAGAGAAGGGAGACGACUCUGCAGUCAUUGGACCCAGUUUCAUAAAAACUGGAUUUUCAAACUGGAGGAAGGCGCUCGAAAGAUUCCGCGGCCACGAAAAAAGUCGCUACCAGGUCGAAUCCGUUGCGUAUCUCGAGACGAAAAAGAAAGGCUUGGUCGUUAUUGGACUCCUCACCAAGCACGCAAGCAGGCAGCAAGAGGAAGCACGAGCUGCGCUGCGCGUGAUCAUCAGUUCGGUGCGAUACCUUUGCACCACUGGCCAGGCUUUGCAAGGGCGCGCCAAACAAGAAGGUAACUUGAUCGAGCUCCUGGAAGAACGAUCAGACAAUAUACCUGCGCUAAGGAAGUGGCUGACUCGAAGAGACAAAUGGCUAAGUGGGGAAAUCCAAAAUGAGAUGAUUGAAAUCAUGGCGCAAAUGCUCCAGCAUGACCUCAGCACUGCGAUAAAGGCGAGUCUCUUUUUCGGAAUCAUUGCUGAUGGAACGACCGACGUGACGGGAGACGAGCAGUUCACGCUAUGUUUGCGUUGGGUGGAAAGAGGGUCAAUGAAAGUGCACGGAGAUUUCAUCGGCGUAUACAAUCCACCCGACACAAAGUCAGAAACACUUUUCAGUGCCGUGAAAGACAUGAUUGUACGUCUGGGCUUUAGCUUUGACAAACUGCGAGGAAUGUGCUUUGAUGGAGCUGCAAACAUGUCAGGUCGAUUUUCUGGAGUGCAAAAAAGGAUUGCUGAUGUCCAGCCAAAGUCAGUGUACAUUCAUUGCAGCAACCACUCCCUCGAUCUGGCCCUACAAGAAGUCGGCCGUGGCAAUGAAUUGGUUGCCGAUGCCCUAACAACUGUGAAAGACGUUUCAAAUAUCAUCCUGGAUUCAGCAAAGAGGAAAAGUGCUUACAGCAACAUCGUUCUUCCUUCCGUGGGGGAAAAUUCGGAUCGUGGUCCACCGCCAGCCACCCUGCUUUCUUUGUGUCCGACACGAUGGGUGGUUCGGGGGAAAUCUGUGCAAAGAUUCCUCGAAAAUUACGAACGAGUUCGAGCAACACUUUGGGAAAUCCUCCAAACUCCAGGUUCAGUUCGAGAUGACCGCAAAGCGGCUAUGAGAGGAUAUGAGAAGAUUCUGGGUAAGCUAGAAACAGUCUUUGGAUCAAACGUGGCGAUCGCAGUUUUCGGGCCAUGUGAAGAACUCAUAAGGAGACUGCAAAGCGUUCAUUACAGCGCCACUGGGGCCAGACAAGCUGCGAAGAUCCUUACACAGACCUUAACACAGCUAAGAUCGGAUGUCAGUGUCGAAAGCAUCUGGUAG